AUGAGGGUGACAGCUAGUGACAUUGAAACCAAGUUAGAUACCCUCAUUGCACUGGUUGAGCGACUUCAGCUUGACACCGGUGAUCUCCGAUCUGACCUUCGAUCAGUCCAAGAAAGGCUCUCCGCUUUGGAGAGCAGGACACCUGGGGCUUCUGCCUCACCAGCCAGGGAAGUGAGCAGUGCUACUCGGUCCUCUCAGGCUUCCUCAGCUCCAGUUGCUGGAUACCACGUUGGGCCUGAACGUGAGGCCGCAGCUCGCGACAUUGGUCGUUGGCUGACAAAGAGCAUCGACGGUGUGGCCAGAGGAUUGUCUGGCCGUGAGCGCAUUCCCCAGCAGACACGCUACUACUUGGUGGUGCGUGAUUUUCAUCGCAACCUCUACGAUCCUCCACUCUUCUUGUCCAACUGGCCCGAUUGCAAGGAAAGGGUCCCGUGCCGAGGACAAGUGGGUGACAGCAUCUUCAUUGGGCUUCCUACCAAGCGCGAGUGCUACCUGGCUGUCUUGGCGGCAGGCUUAGUCCUGCCAGCUGAGUUGAUUGGCCUGGAUGGCCAGCCGACUUAUGUGGACCUCGUCGCCUACGGCUUGGACGCUUUGCCGGACGACAUCCUGUUCCAUUCAGACACGGUCGGGUUGCCUAUGCUGCCUCAUGCCGAAGCUUUGGUGGCCAUCUCUCACGACCACUUCGUGUUCCUCAGCGCCGAAAGCGGCGGAGCAAAACCAGUGUAUGGCACUCCAGAUGUCGAAGCACGUUUGGGUCAGCUGGAAGGCACCAUGGCCGAGAUUUUAGAAAAUUUGAAGCAGUUGAAACCGGGAGCGGCUUCCUCCCGUCCAUCUGCUCUUCAUGGCGACCAUGGUCCAAGAAAGCCAGAUCCUCCGCGGGUCUCCUUCGCACCGCCCUCUGGAUUGGAUCCUCAUGUAGUGCAGCAAGCGCUAAUGGCUGGGGUCCCCAAAAAGUCUUUAGAAGAAGUGGCCCUUUUGUUGCAGCAGCAAAAUCAGAUGACUCCCGCCGCAGCGCCGCAGGCCGCAGACAAAGCCUUGGUCAGCGACAGCGACGAAGAGGACGAGCAUCUGGGCGCCGCUUCUGGCAGUCUCGAUCCUAUGAAUCGGGCAGUGGUCAGCCUGAGCAAGAUCGUCAAAGAGAUGCGGAAAGAAAAGAAGCAGAAGAAGGAUCGCGACCUAGAGUCUCAUUCUAGAUCGCGCAGAAUCUGGCUCAGCAAAGGAUUCCGUGGGCUCUACAAGAAGCAAGGAGCUAUGAUCACUCAGAUCUCUGCCCGGGGUUGGUUGGAGCAUCGCUCCAGAAUCAGCUCCUACCCAGGGACCAUUCGAGCUGCUUGGCUUUGUGCCGGCAUUUGGGACUGCCUCAUGCGAGGAGCUGUAGACGAAGCCAGAGCGAGGGCGGCCCUAGCCACAGCUUGCUUCGACCAACAAGCGUGCGACAGAGGGGGAUGGCUUCUGGCAUCAGAGAUGACCUUAGAGCCCCCGCCGCCCUAUGCAAGCUUCGCCCAACACAGUCCUCCGGAGCAAUGGGAAGUGCAGCACACCAGAUUGAUGGACGAAAGGUGGAGCGAACUCUUCCUUUCGAGACUCAAGGACUUCGCGGAGUAUCAGGAGAAGAAGCUGAAGCUCACCGCGACCAAGACCAAGAAGGAGGAGGUGCCGCCCAAGAACGAUCAGAAGAAGGGCAAGGGAAAAGGAGGAAAGAAAGGGAAGGAGCCCGAGGAAGGUACAGCUGCAAUCCUAUCAGUACCUGGAGCUCUUGCCCCCAUUUCCAACAUUGGCAAGCUCUGGAAUUCCUUAGUUCGCUGGAUCCUGAGUGGGAAGUCUGGCUUUGCACGUUUUUUGCGAACUCUUGGACGCCAUGAACCCUUGGCAGACAAGGGCACGGCUCAGCCCGUUUGGCCUGUACCAGCUCCCUAUCCACAGUGGAUGGUGCGGGUAGAGAAGAGUAAGGUAAAUUACAAGCAGAUGUAUGUCGAGAAGGCUGUCAACCUCAUGAUUCUUUCAUCUUCGUGGCUUCAUUUAGGUAAACCGCUGGUUGCUCCUGCCACCUUAGCUUUGGGCUCCUCCUUGACGAAGAAGCAGUGGGGAGUGGUGAAAAGAUAUGAGAGGCUGAUCAGCGAGUUCCUCCAGGUUGGCGACAUUGGUCCAGCCGCUAUGGGACGCUCGGCGGCCAAAGUGGAGAGCUUGUCUUCACUCCUUGUUGAGCUCGAGACGGCAGCGGCGAAGACUGCUGCCCCUUAUGAGCACCGUCCUGCAGCACAACGAUCUGAUGGGAAUGAGCCACAGCCUGGUCACCAAAAAGGGGAUCCUGGACGUGUAGUUGGUCGUUUGCAGAAGCCUGCGCCUCAGCUGGCGAAGUGUGUGGAGCCUUCGCGGCUUUCUUUUCCUCAGGAUGCUCCGGCCUUUGAUCCCUCAUCCAUGUUAGAAGAACCACACAAGAAGGUUUAUGAAGAUCCUAUUUCUUGUGCUAUUUCACCAGAAGAUUUUUCGUUGGAGCCUCCGAGGGUGCGUGUUCACGGUAGCAAAGACCAAGCUUUAGGACUGUUCAGAUUCCUGGAUGAACAUCACCGGUUGAGACUCGUUCCCAGAGAAAAAGUUCGAGAUGGUUUUCUUUGCGGCGCUUUUUGUUUGGUGAAAGAUGAGAAGAAAGAUAGAUUAAUAUUGGACGCCAGACCCCCAAACAUGUUGGAGGAGACUUUGUGCAGUUGGACCAAAACACUGGGGUCGGUGAAUGCCAUUUUGCAGAUUGAGUUGGAGCCUGGAUGCAACCUCAGCAUGAGUGGCACCGAUCUUCGUGAUUAUUACUACUGUUUCAAGGUCACCAAACAGAGAGCAUGUCGCAACACAUUCAAUUUUCCCCUAUCACCAGCACAAGCUUCUGAACUGCAUUGUUUUACUCCCGACAUGUGGCAGCAUAGCACUUUAUAUCCCUGUCUUGCAACUAUGGCUAUGGGCGAUUGUCAAGCUGUAGAGAUGGGUCAGAUGGUCCACGGUAAGAUAGGUAUGCAGUGUGAAGCCAUCCAUCCUCAUGAAUUGCUUUGCGUCCAUGGCCGUGGCCCGCGCGGCAAGAUCAGCUGUGGGGUCAUCAUCGACGAUGCCGUGUUUUUGGAGCAAGUUCCCGCUAUGCUGACUCCGGCAGAGCUGAGGAGGACUGAUGGUGCAAAAAGGUUGAGGGCGAUUAAGGAAGAGUAUGUUGGUAAGAAUCUAACACCUCAUGAUGGUAAGACUUUUGAAGCUGAGUUUGAAGCCGAGUUUUGGGGAGCAUCGGUGAAUAGUAUAGCUGGAUCUAUUCGUGCUAAUCCCAAAAGACUCAUCCCCUUGAUGGAUCUGACAGCGAAGACAGCACGCCUUGGGUUUGCCACUAUGUUACUGCUGCAGACUUUGGCGGGAGCUUGGAUUAGUGUCCUUCAAUUUCGGAGACGCAUGUUGUGCUUGCUGGAUGAGAUCUAUGUAGCUCAACACGGUAGAGAAGAAGACAUGAUCAUUGAGCUUUCGCCUUCACUGCAGUCAGAGCUUUGGAUUUUAGUUUGCCUUGGGCCUCUUGCUGUAACCGACCUCAGAGCCCAAACUUUGGGGAAGCUGUUUUUGACAGAUGCUUCAGAAGAUAUGAAAGCGUCUGUGGUGUCUGCACUGCCGUUGCCGUUUGCCAGAGAGCUGCACCGACACGCGCUUGCUCGAGGUGCGUGGACCCGGUUGUUGACUCCGUGGAAGGUAUGGUUAAAGCAACACUUUCAACUGGAUGAGGAAGAUGCCAUGCCAGAUGGUGUUCCACUGGUCAGUCACCCUUUGUGGCUGAUUUUGGCUCAGUGCUUGAGAUUUGAGCUUCAUCACCGAAAACGAGUAGGUUCCCGUAGACACAUCAACUUGCUUGAGAUGGAGAGUUUGUUGGAGCUGGAAAAGAAGAUCGCAGCCUAUCAGCAAGACAGCAGGUACCUCUGCGGUUGUGACAGCCAGAUUGUCAUUGCUGCCGUGUUGAAGGGGAGGUCUAGCUCACCACACCUGAACGAACUGCUACAGAAGAGCUUGCCUACCGUUCUUGGAGCAGGGCUCUAUGGGAGCUAUGGCUAUAUCCCAUCAAAAGCGAACGUCAGUGAUGACCCGACGAGGUGGACUGAUAUCAGGCCUCCAUCCAGGCCCAUUCCUGAUUGGCUGUUUGCAGCAUUUUCUGGGUGCUUUGAUGCUUUGGAUGUUUGGUUGGGUGAGCGUGGCUAUGAUCCUUUAGACAUUGCUCAGCUUCCUUUUCCUUUGCGUACAGCUCCCAAAGCGGAUGUCCUUGAACAUAGCUUGAUAGCUGAGCUGCGAGCUGUACAGAAAACCGAGCGAUUAGCAAAGUUUGAUCAGAAAAUCUACGGAACCGAUCCGAAGGAUUGGAAGACUUUUGAAACUCCGGCCACUGGGGCCAAUGAACAAAAGGAUCACAAGAGGCCUCAAGAUGCUGAACUUGCCUUUGGCCCUCACCAUGCUGUUGUUUCCAAGAAAACUGAAGAGCAGAAUUGCGUAGGUAGCAAUACCGUUUCGUCUAGUCACGUUUCACCCGUCUUGGUUGCGAAAGAUGAAGGGGUACAAGAGCCUGACGGCCAAACCAAGAACUCCAAUGAAGAACCUCCAGGGAAAACGAACCGGAGGCACCUGAAUCUUUUUGUUGGUUGUGAAGGCCGACCCCAGCCUGCAGAAAUGAAGAAAGUAGUAGGCACCGGCUCUCCUGAUGAGCCCCCCGUAGGUGAAUCCGUCUCACGUCGUCAGCGGGGUGGGCUAGCCAUGGAAAAUGUGAAGUCUGCUUUGCUGUCCAGUGAAGCAAGAGCAGCCUUGGCUCUUCUACCGAGGGAGUGCUUCAUCAAACCUGAUGGAAGGCGAGCAAGACCUGAUGAAGUUUUGGAUUUCCAGCGGAAGGGUUUUUUGGAUCUCUUCAGCGGCAAAGCCUCUUUUGCUCGCCCUAUGGCUAGGCGAUUUUCUGUUUUUGUGGUCACCUUUGAUUUCGAACACAGUCCCAGACAAGAUCUUCUCAAUGAGUCUCUUCGAUCCGAUAUCAAAAGAUGCCUUUUAGCUGGCUGUUUUCACGGGAUGGGUGCGGCUCCGGAGUGCUGCAGCUUUUCCAGAGCCGUUACACCCGCAGUACGCAGUGCGCUCAGACCCGAAGGUCUUCCACAGAUCUCGGAAAAUAUGCAACGAAAGGUCCAGGUGGGAAACAGUCAUGCACAGUUUCUUUUGGAGCUUUUAGUUAUUUGCCAAGAAAUGGGCCUGCUCUACUGGGUUGAGAAUCCAGAUGGUUCUUUCCUCUGGCUUCUGACUGAUUGGCGCGAGAAGGGUUUUGGAUCUCCAGAAGCGGCCUUCAGAUUUGACAUGUGCCGUUACCAUACUCCUUGGAGGAAACGAACAAGGAUUGCGACGAACACUUGUUUGAGUGGGCGCCGUGAGCUUUGCCAUGGAGAUCAUUCACAUGUGAUACUUCGUGGUCGUUGCAAGGCCCAAAAGAUGUCCUGGACUCGACUGGCUCAGGCCUACCCUCAACAACUGGGAUAUGAUCUAGCUAGUGCAAUGGCAGCUGGUGCAGGGCUUACAAAAAAGAACACAAAGUUGAACAUCGGUGGAUGUGCGAAAUGCAGCCACUGCCGCAUUGGCGAAGCUCAGAACCCGGGCCCUCAGAAAGCCCAACGGGUUGCCCGAGAUGUGAAGUUGUUGGAAAAUGUACGGCUAGUUGAACCUGCCACCCUGGCUUUGCAAGAUCGCGUUUGGACCGCUUUCCGAACGUGGUUGGAUCAGCACCUGAGUGAAUCGACCAUUGAUGAUCUGCAGUUGUGUCCUACACUCUAUGUGGCCCUGCUCCGUUUUUAUGGGUUUUUCCUUUUCUCACGAGGACAUGGUCUAUAUGAGUUUAGGCAUCUUCUGGUCAUUAUUCAACAGCGGUUCCCCUGGGUGAAGCCUCACCUUUCUCCUGCAUGGCAGUUGAUCACUCGUUGGCAAGUUCUUCAACCAGUUCAGCACAGAAAACCGCUACAGUUCUUUGUCAAGCAAUGGCAUCGCUAG